UCUCAUGUAUCCUAUCUUUUGACUAACUAACGUGCGGCAAAAUAAUCUUUGUGUCACAAGUGUAACAUAUCAAGAUGGAAGCUUGGAAUUACUUUAGAUUGCUUGUCUAUAUUAUGCGUUAUUUCCACUGUCUGCAAGCGACAGAGUCAUCCGGUUACGUGGGUUGUUUUAGAGACGACAUAUUGCGAAAAUCCACUUGGUGUUCGAAGACAUUUUACAAUUAUGGCGCUUGGUGUAUUCUCUGUUGCAAAGCUUCAGAGCACAUAUACGCCGCCACACAGUCCGAACACUGUAUAUGUGGUAUGAAAUUUCGUGGGGAUCCUAAACCAGGUAAUUGUGAAUAUAAAUGUCCAGUAUACCAGAAUGAAACCUGCGGAGGCCCAACGAGUAUGUCAGUGUAUGACAUAAGGUUAUUUGAUACUAAAUCGUCUCCACCAACACAAACUGACGCAUUGGUAACAGCAACAGGAAGUAUCAACAGUUACAAUGAACAAACUACUUAUAAUGAAGCAGCUGUACAGAGAGUACAGGCAAUAAUAGCAAAACAGACAAAAACAGCAGCUGCACAGACAACAAUAGCAGCUGUAAAGACAAAAACAGCAGCUGAGACAACAACAGCAGCUGUUCAGACAAUAGUUACAGCUGAGACAACAAUACCAGAUGUUCAGAGAACAAUAGCAGCUGUACAGACAACAGUAGCAGCUGAGACAACAACAGCAGCUGUUCAGACAAUAAUUACAGCUGAGACAACAAUACCAGAUGUUCAGACAACAAUAGCAGAUGUUCAGACAACAAUACCAGAUGUUCAGACAACAAUAGCAGCUGUACAGACAACAAUACCAGAUGUUCAGACAACAACAGCAGCUGUUCAGACAAUAAUUACAGCUGAGACAACAAUACCAGAUGUUCAGAGAACAAUAGCAGCUGUACAGACAACAGUAGCAGCUGAGACAACAACAGCAGCUGUUCAGACAAUAAUUACAGCUGAGACAACAAUACCAGAUGUUCAGACAACAAUAGCAGAUGUUCAGACAACAAUACCAGAUGUUCAGACAACAAUAGCAGCUGUACAGACAACAAUACCAGAUGUUCAGACAACAACAGCAGCUGUUCAGACAAUAAUUACAGCUGAGACAACAAUACCAGAUGUUCAGACAACAAUACCAGAUGUUCAGACAACAAUAGCAGCUGUUCAGACAACAAUACCAGAUGUUCAGACAACAAUAGCAGCUGAGACAACAACAGCAGCUGUUCAGACAAUAAUUACAGCAGAGACAACAAUACCAGAUGUUCAGACAACAAUAGCAGCUGUACAGACAACAAUUCGAUCUACGACACCGAACAGUUCCAUGAAAACUACAUCUGAAAUUACAUCUACUGAACAGGUUGAUCUCGAUACAGGAAAAAGAACAGAUGGCCUCGUUUUCGUUUACAUCUCAGUUCCAGUUUUGAUCACGAUUGUAGCUACCAUUACAGGAGUCAUCGUCUUCUGUCUUAAGCGAAAAAGUCGACAUGUUGAUGACCAAUACUUAUGUUUCCGGCGAAAGAAGGUUACAAACAACAGACAUCUGUGUAAUACUGCAGCAAAUAAAACGUACAAUCUGAACACUUCCAAAGACGACAGUAAUUGUUCCCAUCAUUCUUCGACGACUGUGCAGAACUCGAGUGCCAAUUUAUAUGCCGAAAUAACGUUUGAAACAUCUGAGAAUGGGUAUAGCACUGUCCCCCUUGAUCAACUUCAGGGGCAAUACAAAACAGACGCAACACAAUUUAGUGGCAGAUAUGACACUCUACAAAUUAAUUCAAAAGCAAAAACUAUCAAACCAUCUUGUUGUUUUCAAAACGUGUAUGAUCACGUGAAUGUUGGUAACUAUAACAACCAGACUACUGACACUGAUGAAUAUUCACAUCUGCAUGCUAUUGAAAUAAACAAUCUCCAACAAACAUCGGAUACAAAUAGUGUCCAUUGCGGUGAUCAGGACCAAAUCUAAUCACGAAUAUGUCAUACUCGAGCCGGAAGGAUAUCCUAUCGUACCGGAAUGAAAAUACUUUCAAAUCUAAGGCUUUUUUUUCAGCGCAUGCCACAUUUUAUAUGAAAUAAAACAACAUAAUCAUGAAAACAUCUUAAUACACGGAAGUUAAAGAUAACACAAUUAUCAUAUUUAAUUGUUUUAAUAGGAACUUUACAAAUUGUGUUUAUAACUGUAGUGAAGAGUAUUGGUAGGUAAGGCUAUCUGUAUGGAGAGCUAAAUGGAAACUGAACGAAAAGUUUUAGAAACAAUUUAACAACAUGCUUAGAAAUGAUCAAGUUAUGACUAUAGCAUUAUACUUGGUCUUAAAUGCUGCAUAUAAGCAAUGAACGUUUGUUUUUCAUUUGUUUCUCAUAUUAUAAAAUUUAGGUACUGUCUCAACUGUCUCCAGUACUGAAUGUUUAGUUUCCAUGCGAAUAACCGCACACUUACUAAUAUAAUAUUACUAAUCAAGCGAUUUCAUACUGGCCUUGUUAUUUGUCCAAGAAUUGUCAUAUUGGCCAAAAUGAGUGAGUUAGAUGGGUUUUACGGCGAAUCGACACAAAAUGGUCAUAUAUCGCCGACAUAUUGGCAAAAGGUCAAAGGUAACAAAUAACUAUGCCAAUAUGAAAUCACUUAAUUUAUGAUCAUUUUAGUAUUCAACUUUCGAAAAUAGGCGGUAACACAAUAAGAACCCUUUGAGUUAUUUUAAGACAGGUAUGCACCUUCAGGUCAAAAAUGUUGUUUAGACUUAUUUUUUAAAACAUAAUCAUUUUAGUCGUAAAACAGGCUGAGUUGUAUGUAGGUACGUGUGAUAAAUUAUAAGAGAUAUUAUGAUGCCUCGACAUUAUCAGCAGUGACUUGAAAUUACCUUAUUUAUUUUCUCUAGUGAGAGUAUUUUAUUUGAACUGUGAAAGAAACAGAAUGAAUUGUCACUUCUUUGUAGGCUGCAGGAAACGAGACACUAAACUGUACACAUAUGUGUUGAUAAAGGUACCAAGCACAUAUUAUACACACCAAUGCCUCGUUUAAUUCUUAUCCGAAAUUGUUUGCAGUUUACAACUGGCAUUCUGGUCAUUAUUCAUCCACUUCCAUGCAUGUAAAUCGCUAUUCCUUGAAAAUUGUCAGAACUUCUGAGAGGAACAUUUGUUUGUACACAAUAUCGAAUAGUCGAAAGUACCGUUAUAAUCUAUAAAGACGUUCAUUGACAUCAUACGUCCGCUCAGUCAAAUUUGGUAAUAACACGAACAUGUUAGAUGACAUUUUUCAAAACUAUGAAAAAUAUUGUAAUGUAAAACUUUGAUGUAAAACAAAAUGGCGUCAUUUAUCUGAUGGAAGUCACUUCUCCGUACUGGCCCUUUCUUUUGAACCAAUCAAAAUUCUUGAAAUCCGUAUUGGCCCUGUUUUCUAUCAAGACGUUCAUUGACAUCAUACGUCCGCUGAGUCAAUUUUGGUUAUAACAUGAACAUGUUAGAUGACAUUUUUGUCAAAAAUAUGAAAAAUAUUGUAAUGUAAAACUUUAUUGUAAAACAAAAUGGCGUCAUUUAUCUGAUGGAAGUCACUUCUCCAUAUUGGCCCUUUCUUUUGAACCAAUCAAAAUGCUUGAAUUCCGUAUUGGCCCUGUUUUCCCGUACUGACCCUGCUUUUAUCAUAUUGGCUCAGUUAUGCUUUGUACUAGCU